GGUACUUGAGGUCAUCCGAAUACCUUCAAUAUGGAAUCGUGGGACGAUGAAGAUUUUGAACUUGCAGCAGCACCCGGGGUUCCCCCCGUUGUAGUGAAUAAAUGGGAAGGUGAAGAUGAAGAUGAUGAAGUUAAAGAGAGCUGGGAAGAUGAAGAUGAAGAAAAGCAAGAAAAUACAGAGUCUGCUAGUGAUGUGAAGAAACCUAAAAAGAAAACAUUACAAGAAAGAAUAGCAGAAAAAGAGAGACUUAAAAGGGAAGAGAUGGAGAGAAGAUUGCGUGAAGAAGAGGAAGAAGAUAUAUCACCUGAAGAAAGACUGAGAAGGCAACAAGAGUCAGAUUUGAAACUGGCCUUAGAAACAACUUUUGGUGAAAGUAAGGAUACCUUGGGAGCUUUGGAUGACCUCAGCAUACCUGAUACAAAAGAGGAAUUUGAAGCCUUCUCAGAAGCCCUAUCCAAAAAGUUGACUCCCCUUUCCAAGAAUGUAGAGUAUCCCACCCUUGUAGAAAAUUUGACAAGAAAUUUAUGUGCCACAUUGACAUCUUUAGAUAUCAAAAAGGUCAAAAAUUCACUAGACAAUUUGUACUUGGAGAAACAGAAAAUAGAAAAAGGUGACAAAAAUAAAAAGAGCAAAGGUAAAGGAAAGGCUAGACUCAGAAUGGAAGGAGACAAUCAAUUAUCUCAGCUCUCAGCUUACACUAAUGAUUAUGAUGAAUUUGAUGAUUUCAUGUAGCAAAAAUCAAAUAUUUAGAAUACAAUUAUCAUUUUCAAGUUAUUUGAAUCAACUUGUUAUACAAAUAUUCUAAAUUGAUUCAUGGGAGUUUCUCCAACUACAGGAUUUGUACCAAAUUAGUAAUCAAUUACAUACUUUUGUCAUUUAUCAUUCAUUUUUUGCAGCUUAUUUGUCUAUACAAAUUGGAAUAUUUGUUCCUUAUUAUACAAUAAUUAAGGUUUAUGAGCAAUGUUAUCAUUUUAAUAAAACAACAACAAAGUUUUUAAUUCAAAUUAACCAAAAUUGAGCAAUUUUCAAUGUAUGUGAGGUUGUUGUUACAGUCACUGUAUCCUUACAUUUCCUUAUGAUUCAAUCAAAGAUUUGUCAAAAUUGUAAUCAUCAUCAAUGAUAUUCCACUGGAUUUUAUUGUAACAAAAAUUUUGAAUUAAACAGCAAUUUUGG